AUGGCCUCCAAGGCCGUGAUUCCCUUCCUCGUGGGGAUGAUGUUGCUCACUGGAGUGUGCAACACCCUCCUCACCAAGUACCAGGACAACCAAUGCGUCCGGAACUGCGAUGACCCCGACCCCAAGAAGCGCGCCCACUUCGAGCAGCCCGUCAUCCAGACCGCCCAGAUGUUCGUCGGCGAGAUGGGCUGCUGGCUCGUCGUGGGUCUCAUGGCACUCUGGAAGCGCUAUGUCUCCAAGGGCGACGCAGGAUACGAGGCCGUCCACACCUCCGAGGCAGACGCCGACGCCGACGCCGCCAGCAUCCGCUCCACCGAGCCCCUGAACCCCUCUGCGGACGGCAAUACCAGCAACAACGCCAACGGGUCCUCGUCAAGGGGCAGCAAGCCCGUCCCCAGCGACUCCGCCCUCAGCGGCUUCCGCGUGCUGCUGCUCUCGCUCCCGGCCAUCUGCGACAUCCUGGGCACGACGCUCAUGAACGCCGGCCUGCUCCUGGUGGCCGCCUCGAUCUACCAGAUGACGCGCGGCGCGCUCGUGCUCUUCGUGGGGCUGUUCAGCGUGCUGUUCCUCAAGCGGCGGCUGCACCUGUUCCAGUGGGUCUCCCUGGUCGGCGUGGUGCUGGGCGUGGCGGUCGUGGGGCUCGCCGGCGCCAUCUGGCCCGACCAGCAGAAGAAGAAGCUGCCCGGCGGCGGCGGCGACGGCGCGCACGCGGACGAGGUCGGCGCCGACGCCCUCCUCGCCAUCGUCGGCGUGCUCAUGAUCGCCGGCGCGCAGAUCUUCACCGCCACCCAGUUCGUCCUCGAGGAGUACCUCCUCGAGCGGUCCACCAUCGACCCCAUCCGCGUCGUCGGCUGGGAGGGCAUCUUUGGCUUCUCCGUCACCCUGCUGGGCAUGAUCGUGCUGCACUUUGCCAUCGGCCGCACCGAGGCGGGCAAGUACGGGCCCUUCGACAUGGUCGAGGGCUGGAGGCAGUGGACCCAGAACCCCGAGGUCUUGAUAUCGAGCUUCCUGAUCAUGAUCAGCAUUGGCGGGUUCAACUUCUUUGGUCUCUCCGUCACCCGGACCGUCAGCGCCACUUCCCGCUCGACCAUCGACACCUGCAGGACCCUCUUCAUCUGGGUCGUCUCGCUCGGUCUUGGCUGGGAGACAUUCAAGUGGCUACAGGUCGCUGGUUUCGCCCUUCUCGUCUACUUCACCUUCCUGUUCAACGGCAUUGUCCAGCCGCCCUUCGAGUUCCUGCGGCCCAAGGAGGAGGUCGAGGAGCUGCUGCCAGAGGAGCCCGUGGAGCACAUCUGA